GUGUAAUUGUCAGAAGUCAGAGCUCAGGAGGAACACGUGAAGGCAGCAACAGUUUAGAGUACAGUGUUGAGACAUCUGUGAACAACAUGGAGGAGAAACAGAGAAGUACGGACACUGAGUUUACUCCAGAUCCAGGGGGGGCAGGAACAACAUCAGAUGUCCCACGUGACUCCAGCCCAGAGGCAAGGAUCAGUAGACAGCUGAGUGAACAGGGUCGGUUUGCUUAUGCUGCUCUGUGUGGUGUCUCUCUGGGCCAGCUGUUUACUGGACCUGAGAACAGUGUGUUCAGGGAGAAGUAUCUGCAGGGCCUGGUCUGCUGGCUGGACCUGGAUGAGUCGGUGAUGCCGGUUAUGGGGGCUUUCCUGUCGGGCCUGGGCUUCGAAGGCUCCGACACCUUCCUCUCCAUCUUAGAGGCCGAACCACUGCUGGCUUCUGGGUCCACCCCCAUCAUACAGGAUCUGGUGUCUUUUUCUGUCAAAGACGGCCAGUAUGAUGCCAGAUCGAGGGUUCUCAUCCGUCAUGUCAGCUUUCUGCUGCGGGUCUUUCCACAGCAGCUGGAGGAGUUCGAGGAAACAUUAGGAGAGAGGCUGAGGGAAGGAGGAGAGGAGAGCGAAGAGGAGUCCUCUCGGCGGCUGAGGAGAGAAAGAGGACGGAAGUUACGACGCUACCUCCUCAUUGGACUAGCCACCGUGGGAGGAGGAACUGUGAUUGGUGUAACAGGUGGUCUGGCUGCCCCCUUGGUGGCAGCAGGGGCCGGUGCUGUGCUGGGGGCCGGAGGAGCUGCUGCUCUGGGCUCAGCCACUGGCAUUGCAAUCAUAGCCUCCUUAUUUGGAGCAGCAGGAGCUGGAUUGACGGGCUAUAAGAUGAAUAAGCGUGUCGGGGCGAUAGAGGAAUUUGAAUUCCUGCCACUGAGAUCUGGGAAGCAACUUCACCUGACCAUCGCAGUGACAGGUUGGCUCUGCGGUGGUAAAUACAGUUCGUUCCAGGCCCCGUGGGGCAGCCUGGGCGAGUGCGGGGAACAGUACUGCCUGGUGUGGGAGUCCCGUUUCCUCAGGGAUCUGGGCUCGGCCAUGGCCUCUCUGUUGGAUGGGCUGGUCAGCAUGGUGGCCCAGGAGGCGCUCAAGUACACGGUGCUCUCAGGCAUCGUGGCGGCUCUGACGUGGCCUGCGUCUUUGCUGGCAGUAGCCAGCGUCAUCGACAACCCCUGGUGUGUUUGUCUGACCCGCUCAGCUGAGGUGGGGAAACACCUGGCGCAGGUCUUGAGAAGCAGACAGCAGGGGAAGCGGCCUGUCAGCCUCAUAGGUUUCAGUCUUGGGGCCAGAGUUAUCUACUACUGCCUACAGGAGCUGGCCAAUGACCAAGGUAGUGAAGGAGUGGUGGAGGAUGUAGUCCUCUUGGGGGCCCCUGUGGACGGCUCUGAAAAGGCCUGGGAGAGGAUGGCCAAGGUAGUUGCUGGAAAAAUAGUCAACGGCUACUGCAGAGGGGACUGGCUGCUGGGGUUCUUGUACCGAAGUUCAGUUGCACAGCUGUCUGUUGCUGGGCUACAGCCAAUCAACAUCAAGGAUCGGCGUAUAAUCAAUGUGGAUCUUUCCUCCGUGGUGAAAGGUCACUUGGACUACAUGCGGCAGAUGGACACCAUCUUGGUGGCAGUAGGAGUUCCCACCAAAGAAGUCCAAGGAGCCUCCUUUGAUCUUCCUCAGCCUGUAAUUAUUACAACGGGGACAGUGGACAUCCCUGACCAAACCCCCGAUGAGCAACAAGUGACUGAGACACAAAACCAAGCUGAGGAGGCUGAGACUAUUACGGGAGAAAGUGAAAGAGACGCGAAAGAGGUGGCAGAGACAGAGGAGGUGGGUGACGGUUGGGAUAUCCCUGAUAUUUCAGACCUGCUGGACUCAUUAAAUGACACAGAAUCAGACAGGAACAAUUCACCACUUACUUCUGAGGAGAAUGCGACUAACGGGGACACAGCAUCUGCUGUUAACGCCCCGUGUGACGGCGCAGAGGAGGCCGACCCUGACAACGAACACGUAUGAUGGAGCUGGGAAGACACACGCUGGAAUACGGAGCACACACACAAACAAAGGCAGCCAAACUUGUAAAGAGCAUGUUACUGGACCGGCUGCUUCCCUGUAAAAAUCUCCUCUUCUCAAGUCUUUUUCAGCAUCAAAGCUUUGUUGGAGAAAAUCUUCAUUCCAUUCUCGACACACUGACAUGCCAGAGACGACAAAAGAGUCAAUGCACACAUAUGGCUGCCUCAAGUGAAAAGCCCCUGAAUUAAUUGGCCAUGAAAUGUCGUUUUUAGACUAAUGUAAUAAUUUAAGAACGAUUUCGAAUUUUGCAAAUUAAGUAAUUUUUUUUUUACAAACUGUAAAUAGUGUCAUAAUUUAUUUUCUAAACCCACUGUGAGAUCAGAUACCUGUAAGUAUUAAUUUGCAGGUUUUAGAGGAUGCUACAAAAUAGGUGAUAUCUCUGUUCCUCUUGUCCUUCUAGUUUUCAUCCGUUGGCCUGGUUGCUAUGGAUAUUAUCACAGUCAUUUAAUUUCCAUAAGGCCGGGGGUAAUUCAGUGAAUGUGUUGUCUUCAAGGCCUUUCUUUUCUCUAUUCCACCCAUUUCAAUGUGAAGCGCUGCUUACCAUCAAGUUUCAGGGUUUAGUUACAUUGUUUACUGGCACUGAUAAUACUGGAGAUUUUUUUUGUUUCGGUAAUGCACCUAUAUCGGGUUCUUCAACCAUAUUUCAUAAUUGGAAAGAAAUGCACAAUUCAAGAUAAGUGGAGAGACAUUUUUCUGUGACAAUAAAAAAAUGUUGAUUCUU